AUGGCCAUGAACUUUGUGACCUUCAACCAGGACUAUAGCUACUUGGCUGUUGCAACAUCCAAGGGAUUCCGGAUCUUCACGACGGAUCCCUUUGCCAAGAGCUAUGAGUCCAAGGAGGGGAAUAUUGCGGUGAUUGAGAUGCUAUUCUCGACAUCUCUCGUGGCGCUGAUUCUCUCCCCCCGACGCUUGCAGAUCACAAACACCAAGCGUCAAUGCACAAUAUGCGAGUUAACAUUCCCGACCACAGUCCUUGCGGUUAAGCUGAACCGCAAGCGGCUUGUGAUUGUGCUGGAAGAUCAAAUUUAUCUUUAUGACAUCCAGACAAUGAAGCUCUUGUCUACGAUCGAUACGUCACCAAAUCCUCACGCAAUAUGUGCCUUGGCACCAUCUUCUGAUAACUGCUUCAUGGCAUAUCCGCUGCCACAAAAGGCACCAGCUGCCCUGAAGGCGCCAGCACAUGCCCCUCCAGGCACCAACCAUGUCUCUCCAACAACCGGGGAUGUUUUGAUCUUCGAUGCGGAAAAGCUUGAAGCCAUCAAUGUUAUUGAAGCACACCGGUCCCCCUUGGCCUGUAUCACAUUGAACAGUGAGGGGACUCUCCUUGCCACUGCUUCAGAUAAAGGAACUAUCAUCCGGGUGUUCUCGGUUCCCGAUGGCCACAAGCUGUAUCAAUUCCGACGUGGGUCCAUGCCCUCCCGAAUCUACAGCAUGACCUUCAACACCACGUCCACCCUGCUCUGUGUCUCUUCAUCCACUGAUACCAUCCAUGUCUUCAAAUUAAGCCAACAGGGCCCCCCAUCUGAUGGCUCCCCGUCAUCGCUCUCCCCCGGAGCGCGUGAUCAGACCUUCGGAAAUAGCCCAUUCGGCUAUGUGCCAGAUGAAGAUGAGAUAGUCGAUGAGGCAGGGUCGGAAUUCCCGUCGAGAAAACACAACGGUACCCUAAUGGGGAUAAUCCGUCGAACCUCGCAGAAUGUCGGCGGCGCUGUUGCCGCCCGCAUGGGCGGAUACCUGCCCAAGGGAGUCAGUGAGAUGUGGGAGCCCGCGCGGGAUUUCGCGUGGAUCAAAGUGCCCCGGGCUAAUCAAGGCCCUGGUGGUAAUGGGAACGUUGGCCCACUCCGCAGUGUGGUUGCCAUGAGUAGCAAUACACCCCAGGUGAUGGUGGUGACGAGCGACGGAAACUUUUAUGUCUUCAACAUCGACCUGUCCAAAGGUGGAGAGGGGACUCUCACCAAGCAGUAUUCCGUGGUUGAUUCGAAUGACAGGCUUGGGUACCCUGCCACGGAAUACUGA